CUAAAUUAAUUGACAUAAAUAACAUUCUAAAUGAAUAAUAAUUUAAAGAGAUACAUACAUAUUCAAACAUUUGAAAUUAAUGAAAUUCAUUUAAGUACACAUAAACACAAAGCGUAUUGGUUGUUUGGUAAGUAAUUUAACCGUACUGGUUGUUUUAAAUAAUUUAAUUGAAUACAAUGCAACACUCGUUAGACUCUUAGAAGAGGUAUACACCUUCUGAGAAACGCAGCCUUUUUGACAGAAAAAGGGGGGAUCCGAGGAUCUCUUAAUACCCGAUUUUUCCAGGAAAUGGGAGGAUCAUUAUAAUCUCUUAAAACCCCAUUUCCUUAGACGUGCAUCUCUUUAUAAAGAGUCGAAGUAAGUGGCGCUAUGUAUUCUAUUAAAUUAUUGAAAACAACCAAUACGAUUAAAUUAUUUCAAAUUUAUUUUAUAUUCCAUUAAGUACAUUAGCAAAAUAAAAGAAAGAUAAAUGAUGAAGAAUUGUAUGUACCGGGUGAUCGUUCCAAACAUCCCUUGAACGAUGGUUGGGUUGGUCGUACAAGUCGGUUGGAUCAGUAGGCCCUUGAUCCAAAUAGUACCGUUGGUUGUAUAUAUUCACGUCGUCCCCAACCUACGAGAGAAUAACAACAAGGUUAGUACAUAGAUUAAUUAAAAAGCUUAUAAAAAAACAAAAAUUGACCAAAAUAAUGAGUACGUACCGCUUGAAAUUCAUCAUAAUAAACUCCCUCUCCUUGGAACCACUCGAUUGUUUUUUCGCGAAAGUCGGACAGAAAUUCGGCGGGUUUUGAGGGAAAAACCAAAGAAAUGUUUUCUGAUGGCAGAUCGGACUUAGCCGCAACCAACAUACCACUAUUUCCUAGGCUUUUGGGAGGGGAGGGGUUAGAGAGAUAAUUCUAGAGAGAGAGAGAGAGUGAAGAAUGGUUGUGGUGUGAAGAAAUGAGAGGGGGGAGGGGGUGGGGGUAUUUAUACCCUUCAGACCGCACCCUCGAAGGGCGGUCUGGUAAUUUAGGCCAGUCAGAAACCGCGCCCUCCCGAUGCGGUCUACAUUGAUCGAGGUGCUGACCGCACCUGCCAGCGACGGUCUUCGAUCCGUGGCAAGCGGUCCGCCGCUGGAUCGCCGCCUUAUCCAGCGGUCUCCAAGCCCGCUCCCGAGGAAACACAGACCGCACCUUUCUGGUGCGGUUUUCAGUCUGGCGUGGCGCAAAACGCACCUCCAAGGUGCGGUUUAUACAUAAAACGCACUGGAGGGUGCGGUUUAACUAUAAAACGCACUUUGGAGGUGCGGAUUGAUAAAAAUGGUGCUAUUUUUGUAAAUUUUGUGGGCUGGAAGCUAUUUUUAUAAUUUUUUUUAAUAGGUGCUAUUAUUGGAAAAAUUCCUCUGGUCUUCGCCUUUCUACUCUUCUUCUUCUUUUUGUUUUUGUUUUGUACGUUUGAGCCUUGGGAGGUCACGUCUUGUGACUCCCUUGGCUUUGUAGUUUUUAGUUUGUACUUGUUCCUGGUUUCUUUAUCCUUAAUUUAAUCUCACAUCCAUAAAAAAAAACAAAGAUGGAACCAAGGUGGUAAGAAGUCGUAUGAAGUUUUGUUUCUCGAAAUAUAUUGAAAAUUGCUCGUAGGUGUGCCAUUAACUCAAAAAUAGAAAUUUCAUUUUCGUUUUCUCGACUACACAUUAAAAUGAUAUAUUCAUCUAAAACAACCAAAGUGAUUUCAUUUUGUAGAUCACAAAGAACUCGUUCCAUCUGCGCAGAAAAGUUUCAAAAUUCAAAUUAGAACGAUGAGAAUAAGAGUCAAUUAAGAAAUUUAAAGAAAAUAAAAAGUUAUUAAUUCUCAUUCCCUUAGAUCAGGACCCAUCUAACCCCACUCAAACUAACAAUCAAGAUUUAAUUAUGCAGCAGUACAUAAAUCUUGGUUAUGCACCCAUCUUGUGCCAUCUCCCUAUCAAAGAGAUAUUUUACUGAGAAUCAGGCGUGAGUAAUAGGCAUCAGAACUCAGAAGUAUAUCCAAAAUGGCAACUUAACUACGGGUUUCCUAAACUAGUGGCUUUAGUACGAAACUAUGAAUUCAUUUUUCUAUUGCCCAACGAGGUAAUGGGUUUAGAUAUUAUCAAACGGGUUUAAACUAUUAAGUCGGUUUUGAAAGUGGUAUGGUUAGAUCGUGACACAACCUGUUUAUAUGUUAGUUUAUACCGACUUAAAACAAUCACUCUAUAAUCUCUGUCCAAACAAAAUGAUAAAUCAUCAUGUGUAAAUGCAACAGUUAACAUAAUCAUCCAGGAGUUUAUAAUUGAAUCCGGAAAAUAUUAUCUAAAUGUUCAUAUUUAAAUCCAACUAAUUCCUUUUUUUGGUUAUUAAAGUCCAUAAAAACAUCAUUUUGUGUAGGGGCCGAAAUUUGAUCAUUCCAACCAUACCACUAGUUUUUUAAUAUUUUUAUCGACUUUGACGGUCUAUUUACUGGUUUUGACUACCUCUUCAUAUCGGUUGUCUUCUUGCUGAUUGUGUCUAAUACCGGUUGAAUCCAGUUGUGAUGGACGAUAUAUCAUAUCUUUGACAACCAUGAUUUUGAUGAGCAUUAUUUUCGACUGAACUUCAAUAGAAAAUAUUUACCUUUUCUUUAAAAGGAAAUAUUGAACUAUCGACAUCAUCAAUAAGUCAAAAUCCAUUGUAAAAUGAGAUUUAUUAUUUAACUAAACUAGUUUUAUGGCUCGCACUCAGUCGCGGGAUAACUGAAUUGUCCAACAUAUAUUUUACAUUUUGGUAUGAAUUGUAUCCUUCUUUUGUAACUCAUGUAUAUUUUGUUGUUUGAGAGUUCCGCCUUAGGGGGAAGCAUCCGCGCGAACGGCUUUUUAUCAUCCAUCAUUCGAGCGUCCCAACAAAUAUAUAUUUCGCUUCCCAGACAACAAAAUCCUUAAUUUUGU